UCCUACCAUCCUCCCUCCUCCUCUCCUCCUCGCUGCGAGCAUCCUUUAUGUCUGUCUCUAAAGUGUAGCAUACGCACAUUCCUUGUCCGGACCAGUAGAGAGCCCUCGCAUCUGCUCGCGCCGCCAGCUCGUGGGCGGCUGUGACGCUAUAGUCUGCCUCCAAGAUGGCGUACUUCCGUGGUGCGCAAUCGCCUCGAGACGAGCAGCAGUACACGAACCCUUUGUCUCCGCCGUCGCAGCGCAAUCCGAACCGAUGGUCCGCCAACAUGGCCACGACCAACGACGUGCGAGGAGCAUUGACCAGAAGAUUCACGACAAACACAGUGCCCACGCUGUCGCCAAUCGGGCAACAGCGUAGACAGGCUAUGGGAGACAUGCAGGUGUCCACAGCGCAGAACAGAAUGACUCCGUCCGAGCGUGCAGCACGCCACUACGAAACGCUCCUCCAGGCCCAGCGCAAAAUUCAAGAAGAGCUGGAGAAGGUCGAUGCCGAGACCCGCCGCGAGGUCGACGAGAAUAUUCGCCACGAGCAGUCAGUUACACAACUGUUCGCGCAGAGUGAACCUACAACACCGCCAGAGUAUCAGACUGCGUUCGCAAACAACUUUUCGAGACCGAACCGCUAUUCGGCAGCAAGCUUGAUCUCACCUCCCGGCAUUGUGACACGCCCGAAUCGCGCCAGCACGCAGCUCACAUCGCCUCCUGUUGGCUUUGCACGACCCUUCACGGCCACGAGCUCCAGCAACUUGCCUUCUCAUUCGGUUCCUGGCUCGCGUCGACAGUCUGACGACGAGGAAGAAGACGGCGGCUUUGUGUACGGCUUCGAGAACACGAUCCAUCGUGCGGGCGCAAAUCCGAACCGCAAUUCCAUGCCCAUCACCGCCUACGAUCGCAGCAAACGCAACACAACCGACCUCGUGUUUGGGCCUGUUAACACUACCGGCUUCUUGUUCCACGACGACGACAAAUUGACCUCAUUACCAAAGUCCAACCAGACAUCGCCUCCUGACGGCAAGACCUAUCUGCAAGUACAACACACUGCUGACGGCUUUCCCAAACUCAUUCGCCGCGAAGAAAACGGCGACCUGCAGUUUUCUCCAUCUUCAGCAGCCCUUGACCUUGCUUCGUCUACCUCAGAAGCAGAACCAACGCACGUUGCCGAGCGCGCGUCGGCUAACCGUCACCGCAUCUCACUUCCGCCGUCCGCUUUGAGUGGUAGCGCGAAUAUUGCUCCACUGAACAGCAUCCUGGCCAACGCAAACGACCUGCGUCCUUCCAACAACCGGCGCUCCAUGGAGGUCAAGUUCACUGCCGAGACCAAGCGCCCAGCGCUCCUGGCCACACCGCCUCGUGGUCACGCAAACGGUUCCGCCAUGCCACAGUCCUCUUACUCCACCAACGAUAUUCCUACCCUCAAGAGCAUCAACGGUGACACUCACGAAGGCGGCGUUUCCGUCCUCUCCCCACCAAACCAGCAAGCCGCUCUUGCCAACGCAACCACAUCGCCUGACCAGAACCGCGCUACUACGCUCCAGAGCCUCCUUUCAGCUGCCAACCGCCAGAGUCAAGACUACGCCACCCACGGCUCCCAAGAAGACAACCGCGACGACUUCAACGGUCCUCAGCCAACGCUUCACGCCAGCGCCGCUCCUUUCAGCAUUCCUUCCGAUCACAACCAGUCCUAUACCAGCCCCAACGUGGCUCCAUACGCUGCCCAGCCUGCUGCCUACUACGGCGGUUACGGCAUGCAGAUGUUGAGCAACGGCUUCGGCAACAUGGGCCUCAAUGGCAAUGGUUUCCCUCCUCCAGGCCAGUGGGGCAACCAAUUCAACAGCCCAUACGGUCAGCAAGGUGGUUACGGGGGCUUUCAACAGUUCCCACCAAACGGUCAAGCCGCUGCAGGUGCCGGUCGCUUCGAGGGCGGCAGCAAUCAUCACCACAACAACUCGCGCAGCACUCAGCAGCAGCGCAAGCAAGCCGCCGACGAGGCUCAGGCCAAGUACAACUCAGUCAAGGUUGAGCAGCUCACGGGCGAGAUCUAUGGCUUGUGCAAAGACCAACACGGUUGCCGCUUUCUUCAGAGAAAGCUAGAGGAGCGCAAUGAGAAGACCGUCCAGAUCAUCUUCGACGAGGUCAAAGACCACAUGAUCGAGCUCAUGGUCGACCCUUUCGGUAACUACCUGUGCCAGAAGCUGCUCGAGAGCGCCAACGAUGACCAGCGCACCGUCCUGAUUGAGAACGCUUCGCCUGCUAUGACCAAGAUUGCACUCAACCAACACGGCACUCGUGCUUUGCAAAAGAUGAUCGAGUACAUCUCCACUCCUGAGCAGAUCCAGCUCAUCAUCAAGGCUCUAGGCAACGAUGUUGUCCUUCUCAUCCAAGACCUCAACGGCAACCACGUCAUUCAGAAGUGUCUCAACCACCUCUCUUCCAUCGAUGCGUCCUUCAUCUUUGAUGCUGUUGGGGCAAACUGCAUCACUGUUGGCACUCACCGUCACGGCUGCUGUGUUCUUCAGCGCUGCAUCGAUCACGCUGAUGGUCUUCAGAAGGGCCAGAUGGUUGACCAUGUCAUUCGCAACGCUUAUUCUCUGGUCCAAGAUCCUUUCGGCAAUUAUGUGGUGCAAUACAUUCUCGAUCUGGCUGAGCCGUGCUUCACCGAGCCACUUUGCCGUGCCUUCUACGGCGAGAUUCCAGCUCUCUCCAAGCAGAAGUUCAGCUCAAAUGUGAUCGAGAAGUGCAUUCGAUGCUCCAGCAACGAGACUCGCCGCGACCUCAUCCGCGAGAUCCUGAACACUCAGAUCCUCGAGAAGUUGCUUCGUGACGGCUUCGCCAACUACGUUGUUCAGACCGCCAUGGAUUUUGCCGACGACGAGAUGAAGGCUCUUCUGUACGAGAACAUUCGCCAGAUCAUUCCAGGCAUUCGAAACACGCCUCAUGGCCGCCGCAUCGCCAGCAAGCUCAACGACUACCACAACCGCAUGGCCAACCCCGCGCCAUCGAUUCUGUCUCCACUCGACUCUGCGUCCGUUCCUUCUGGUGGUCCAUCGUACAACUCCACUCAGCGCACGCCAACCCGCGCCAACCGUCACGGCAUGAUCGGUGCUCCUGCUCAGUGGGCUAACAGCAGCUCUCCCUUUGGCGGUGCUGGCUUCGAUGGCGGCAACUAUGCUGCCAACGGCUUGCACGGUGAAGGCAUCGCCUCUCCGUCUCCGCAGCGUGGCGCCCAGAACCCCUACAUGUUCAACGGCCCACCCGCCUUCGCCAAUGGCUUCGCCGGCCCUGGUUUCGUCGCUCCGGGCGCCCAGCAACCUUACGGCCACUUCUGAGCGGCAGUGCUACCGCUCCCUUCAACACUUCGAGCUCGACCACACACCUGUAUCAGUAUCGCGGUGCGACUAUGAUCCCCCUUGUGCUUUGACAGAGCGCUGUCAGGUACCAUCACGACAUCACGCAAGCUCGCACACCCUUCCUUUUCAGCACGAGCUACGACAUCGAAACGGCCGACAUGUACUUUGACGAGAUACAGACGUGUCACUUUUACUUCGACAGAUCUGACACCCGGCGCGGUGGUCCAGAGCCCAGCAUUUCCCGGUCAAGAUCUUGCAUGCAGACGGCGCGCUGCGGACAUCUCACUGAUGAUCCUGUACCACCACCGACCAAAUGCUUCCAUCUUCGGCGCAACACCUUGGUUUACUUCACACACACACACCAAAAUCUCUUCAAAGUACCUUUUUUUUUCAUUUGUUUACGACGACAUACGGGCGAGGCGAUCAUCAUACGAGCAAACUUUUUAUGGCACGAUAACGAGAUGGCAAUUGGCCUGUAACAAAAGAAAAAUUGAGUCUUGCAUAUGGUGAUGGGUUGAUCUUUGAGAUUGGGUUACGGGCUAGCUUAGGAAAUCUUCGAGAUGUGCGCUUGCGAUGAGGCCGACUUCUUGGAUAGUCGUGCUGCCGUCGUGAAAUCUGGGCUGGCUUGUAUGAUAGAGUUUGCACAAAAAAUAUGAGCUGGUCUAUC